AACUUAGAUUGUGACCUGCUUAUAUUCCAAAUUUCCAAUGUACAAGGUUGGCCUUCCUCAUUCUACUUCUCCCAUGGCAAAGCACGCGACUUUCAUCAUCUCUCCUCUCCGCCAAUACCCUAAACCCUAUCUUCGAUACUUUACAGUGGCAACUGAAACCCAACAACAACAACAACAAAAUCAACAACUGAUUACUAAGAUUGCUGGGGAAGUUUGUGACAUUAUCCGCACUCGCCCCAGAUGGGAAAAUACACUAAUCUCUCUCUUCCCAUCCUUCAAUUUCAUGGAUUCCAGAUUCUUCAACGAGGUACUCAAGAUUCAAAACAAUGUUUUUCUCUCUCUUCGUUUAUUCAAUUGGCUGACCUCUCAUUCUGAGUAUAAUCCUGAUCCCAUUUCUUGUAAUUCUUUGUUUAAUUCUCUCAUUAAAUCUAAGGCUUUUAUUGUAGCAAAAUCGUUUAUUCAUGCUUUUCCUCAGUUUAAUCCUAACCCAGAUUCUUUAGAGUCUUUAAUUUGUCGUUUGUGUAAAAAUGGAUUUGUUGUUGAGGCUGUUGAUUUGUUCGCUAAGUUGAAAUCAAUGGGGGUUUGCCCUAAGAUUGUAACUUGGAAUUCGGCUUUUUCGGGGGCGAUUCGAGUUAAGAGAACUGAUGUAUUGUGGAGUUUGUAUGAGGAGAUGAUGAAUCAUGGGGUUGAUGCUGAUGUUAAGACUGCUGGGUAUUUAAUUCAAGCUUGUUGUAUUGAUAAUAAUACGGAAAGAGGGUACGAGCUUCUUUGCCAGAUUCGGGAUGGUGGGGUUGCUCCUCAUAAUGUUGCUUUUGCUAGAUUGAUAGGUGGGCUUUCUGAGGAAGGAAGGUUUGAUAGGGUUUCGGAGCUUUUGCAUUUGAUGAUUGGAAUGGGUCGAAAGCCGGAUAUUUAUACGUAUCAAGGAAUCAUUCAUGGUCUUUGCAAGUGUGGGAGAGGGGUUGAAGGGUAUCGGAUUUUUAAUGAUCUCAAGACUAGAGGGUAUUCUCCUGAUAGGGUGAUGUAUACAACAAUGAUGCACGGGCUUUUUCAGAUGAGACGGGUUAAGGAAGCUAGGAGUUUGUGGUUUGAAAUGAAAGAGAAGGGUAUACUUCCUAAUGAGUAUACUUAUAAUGUGCUUAUUCAUGGGAAUUGUCGAAUCAAUGCACUUGAAGAAAGUUUGAAGGUGCAAAAAGAGAUGUGUGAUAUAGGUUAUAAACUGAACACCGUGAAUUAUAACACCUUGAUUGCUGCAUUAUGCAAGAAUAGAAAGACAAAGGAAGCAUGUGACUUGUUUGAAGAGAUGUCUAAGAAUGGCGUUGAACGUGAUGUGAUUACGUACAACUCUCUGAUUCGAGGUCUCUGCCGGGAAGGGGAUUUGGCUAAGGGUCAGUUGCUCUUUGAAGAGCUUUUGGCACAUGGUUUACAACCUUCAACUUCAUCAUAUACUCCUUUCAUUGAGCAACUUUGUCGUUUGGGAAGAACCCAGCAAGCGUUGGAGCUGUUGAUAGAUAUGGUGAACCAGGGUGUUGAACCUUCAAUAUAUAACCGUGAGUGUAUUAUAGAUGGAUUGUGCAGGGAAGGAUUACCAAUUGAAGGGAUGCAUUGGUUGUCUGAGAUGCUAGAUAGGAAGCUUAUUCCGAGACGGAGGAUCUUUGAGACACUAAUUGAAUGCCUUUUUCAGCAAGAUAAGCUGGAUGAUGCUCUUGUUAUUUUAAAUUCUAUGUUAUCAAUUGGCUAUAUGCUUCGGCAAAUUUUAUGUUGUCCAUUCGUUACUAAGCUUUGUAGUACUAAUGCAAACCAUGUCGAAAUGCUUCUUCAAGAUAUCAUAUCCGGUAGGCAAGUUGCAUAGCUAUAUGUGCUGGUGCGUCACCUACAACAGACGUGUAACUAUCAAUUGCCCCCCUUUCUCAAGCCAGGAGGUGGAGACAUGUCAUAUUGUACUACUUCAUGACAAAGCUACAAGUUCUGUUCCAGUUAUCGAUGGAUGAUGUUGGUGGUGUGUCAUGAUUUGAUCUGAACAUUUGAUGGCUGGCUCUCAGUGUAAUAGUGACUCAGCAUGUAUUGACAGCCUUUAUUCUUAUGGCUGCAAUGCUCACCAUCGUUCAUUUGGAUUUCAUUUGUCUGCAAGAAAAAUGUGUCUGUAGAGGUUUUUUCCAAAUUUCACUUGUCCGGUUCAUUUACUUUCUGCUGAAGGGGAAACAAAAUUAUGGUGGUGGUGAUUAACUGUUGUUCGCAGGCUCUCAACACUUUGCCUUGGUGCGCAGACAACGUGAGAUGUCCAGCAAUCACCUAUCACUCUAUCAGCGAGUAAUUUUCUAAAUGUCUUUCUUUUAGAAAACAACUUCUCUGUAUACAAGGGACUAUCUUGCACCAACCAUAUGUGGACAAGUUGGGAGAAGAUUGUAUUUCCAUUUGAAAGUGCUCUUAAGCAGAAGAGAUUGUUAGAAAGCACCUCAACUCAGCUGAUGAGAAAUACUGUUGUACCAGUAGCCAUAAUGCAAUGAUCACUCCUGCUCUCCUGCCAUGGUCUUUUAUGUUGUCAUCUUUCAACUCCUCCAUAGAUUCUGCUCUGCUGUGUUCGCUCUUUAAGCCUUUGUAGGCACAAUUUGAAGUCAAAUCAUCUGGAAAUUUGGAAUGUUCACAUUUGUUGACUUGUAUAUGGAGUAACUAAAUAUCAUGGACUAAGAGAAUCGCAUAUACUGCGGGUAAGAUAUGUUUCUUUUGGGAGACAUUUUAGUUUUGUUGAUUACGCACACUUAUAGCAUACUUCACAAUGGUCAUAAAAGGAGCGAGGCAUGUUUUGGUUCUUCUCUUGUCUGUAUAUUUAUGAAGGGAGUGGAGUAAUCAUACUUUGUGCUUGAAGCAGUCAAUUGGAGACAAAGACAAAGAGUGCUAAUACUUUCUGUCCAGCCCAUGUUAAUUGAAACUUGUUCACUCUCAUGUAUAAUGGGACGUGAUUAUUCUCUCUCUUUUAGGGUUUAGGCGGUUGUAAGUGUUGAAAGAAGCCAAAUCAUAUUCAUUGUAAGGAACUGCUAGAGGAGUUAAUUGAAGGUUUGCUGAUUUAUUUGAACAAUAAACUUCCUGUCAUUUUGGCUACUCAUAUCUAUCCUCAGUAAACAAUUGUGUUUUCACACAAUCCAA